AUGAUUGCAAGUGGGCAAGAUCGUGUAGAAAGACUGCAUGUGUUUCCUCCCAUGGCCUUAUCUGCCUUCUCGAGCACCUUUGGUAUCCCCAAGCUGAAGAAAGGUUUCUUCCCCUAUAAAUUUCAUACCCCAGACCAUCAGAAUUACGUCGAACCACUCCCAGCAGCCGAAUAUUACGAUCUAGAGGGUAUGUCAGAAAAUAAAAAACAAGAAUUUGAAUCGUGGUACACGGAAGGGCAGAGAAAGAACCAGCCGUUUCACCUCAAAGAAGAACUGCUAGCUUACUGUCGUUCCGAUGUGAAGUUGUUGAAAGCCGAGUGCCUGAAAUUCAUUCGAGAGUUUCAUUCCAUCGCAAAUUCCAUGGAAAAAUGCGUCACCAUCGCACAAGCCUGCAACCGAUAUUGGCGAAAAUGUGUCACGACCCCAGAGUCCAUAGCCAUAGAACCCGUUGGCGGCUGGGAAGGUGCAACGCCCAAUCAUUCGCACGUGGCCUUAGAAUGGUUACUCUGGACCGAGCGAAACCUGGGGACGAGACUUGAGCAUGCGAGAAACGGUGGCGAGUACAGCAUUCCUCAUGGAUGUACCGUGUAUCGCGUAGACGGUUACGAUGCCUCUUCGCGCACCGUCUACGAAUUCCAUGGAUGCCUCUUCCACGGGUGCCUUGAGUGUUACCCGCAAAGAAGUCAGAUUCCCUUCGUUAGCUCCGGACUGACUGUAGAAGCCUGCCGGCGUCAGACGACCCAGAAAACCGCCAAAUUGCGUCAAUUGGGGUACACCGUCGUAGAAAUGUGGCAGUGUCAAUGGGAAAAACUCAAGAAAUCCAAUCCAGACCUCCGCGACUUUGUCCAGUCUCUCUCCUUGACCACACCCAUCCAUCCUCGCGAGGCGUUUCUUGGCGGAAGGAGUGGAGCGACCACGCUUUACCACCGCAUAGACCCCACCCAAGGAGAACAGAUCCGAUAA